GGGGGGCGGGGACCGGGUGGAGGGGGGGCGCCCGGCGGAGGAGAAAGAUGGCAAUGUCUCUCAUCCAAGCGUGCCGCAGUCUGGCUCUCUCAACAUGGCUGCUUUCCUUUUGUUUCGUGCAUUUGCUGUGUCUGGACUUCACCGUAGCCGAGAAGGAGGAAUGGUACACGGCGUUCGUGAACAUCACCUACAUCGAGCCGGGGUCGCCGGCGGCGGGGGCGCCGGGCGCCUCGGGGGAGCUGCGCAGCGAGAAGAGCGAGUGCGGCCGCUACGGCGAGCACUCGCCCAAGCUGGAUGCCCACGGCCGGGUGGCCAUGGCCAGUUCCGUCCAGGAGCGCCUGGCCUGCGACCCCAACACCAAGUUCGCCGUCCCGGCCCACGUCAAGCACUGGAUAGCCCUCAUCCCCAAGGGCAACUGCUCGGAGAAGGACAAAAUCCGGCAUGCUUUCAUGCAGAACGCCUCGGCGGUGGUCAUUUACAACGUGGGGACCAACACGAACGAGACCACCACCAUGUCCCAUCCAGAUUUUGUUGCUGUUACUUUUUUACAUGAUUGCAGUGUGCAAGACAUUGUUGCAAUAAUGAUUCCUGAGUCGAAAGGAAAGGAGAUAGUGACUCUUCUGGAUAAAAACAUUACUGUGAUGAUGUACAUCACCAUUGGGACCCGCAACUUGCAGAAAUACGUCAGCCGCACGUCAGUCGUGUUUGUGUCCAUCUCCUUCAUUGUGCUGAUGAUCAUAUCACUCGCUUGGCUGGUCUUUUAUUAUAUUCAGAGGUUUCGAUAUGCAAAUGCCCGGGACAGGAACCAGCGUCGUCUGGGAGAUGCUGCAAAGAAAGCCAUCAGCAAGCUUCAGGUCAGGACCAUCAAGAAGGGCGACAAGGAAACUGAGCCUGACUUUGAUAACUGUGCAGUUUGUAUUGAAGGCUACAAACCGAAUGAUGUUGUACGGAUCUUGCCUUGCCGACAUCUUUUCCAUAAGUCCUGCGUAGACCCAUGGCUGCUAGACCAUCGAACCUGUCCCAUGUGCAAGAUGAACAUCCUUAAGGCCCUAGGCAUCCCGCCCAAUGCAGACUGCAUAGAUGACAUCCCACCGGACUUUGAAGGUUCCAUAGGAGGGCCACCAACCAAUCAGAUUACAGGUGCAAGUGAUACAACCGUGAAUGAAAGUUCUGUUACUUUGGAUCCCGCUGUCCGAACUGUGGGAGAAUUACAAGUAGUCCAAGAUGCAGAAGCCACUCCCCAGGAAGGGGAGGUUAACUUUACAGCCAACAAUGAACAAGAGCCAGCAGUCAGCAGCGAUUCAGAUAUCUCACUGAUCAUGGCGAUGGAAGUUGGACUCUCUGAUGUAGAGCUUUCUACUGACCAAGACUGUGAAGAGGUGAAAUCCUGAAAUGUUGAGCAAAGACAAAGGGGAUGGUCGGGCUCCAGGGGGAAGGGGAGGGGCGAGCUUCAGGUCUCACUACACUCAUCCACCUCCAGACCACCACCACAGCUUCAGUGUGCUCCAUUCCGGGAGGGUCCAUGAAAAGCAAUACGUAGAGUUUCAUCAAUCUGGACGCAGUUUCAGCAUCUCUCCAUCAGUCCAUAAUGUUGGCAGCUUGGAAGUCGAAAGCGGAUUUAUUUUCCACCACCCCCACAUGCCCAAGGACAUGGGCUUCAGCGGCUGAGAAAACAGUGACUGAACAGACAGCUUCGAAAGUGUUUCCUACUUUCAUUUCACCUUCUUAUUUCCACCCUCCCUCCAUCACUGGCGACUUUCGUUUGGGGGUGGUUGGUAGUGCUGUUGAGAUUUUAUUCAUUAUUGUUGCUGUUGUUUUUAAGGGUAUCUGUAAUUUGCUUGAUUUGGGGCUCCCUUCAGCUUAUUCCUCCCACAUUCUUGUCGGGAAGCAACCAGUGCCUGCUCUGAUCCAUUUGCAAUCCAUCUCUCAGAUUUCCGACCUUGACAUUUCAUCAUGAAGUACGCAUGGGUCUGAGAAGAACUGGUGCCCCAUCCUCAUAACCAUCUGAACCAGCUUUCAUUAAGAUUUUCAAUUCUCCCAAGUGAGUCCUGAAAAUCACAUCUGCCAGAGGGCUCUCCUUCCCCAGUUCACUUGACUCCAAUCCCUAAAUCGGAAGCUGAAGUUACAUUGUCCUGGCUUCCACUUGCCAAAUGCCAUUAAAGGCACAUACAUGUCUCAUAAAAGGGAAAGGAAUAGGAUUCACUUUUUGCAAGGUUGGAACAUCUCCAGUUGUAUUACUAGCAUUCUGUGACUUUGAAGGGCUGGUAGUUGGGGACUCGUGAGAAGUUGUACAACUAGGGCCUGGGCUCUCUUUUACCUUCAAGCCAAAAUCCUUGUGCAUUGACUGGUUCCCAUGAGAAUAUGGGUCCAUCUUGGGUCGUGGAUGAGCUGGGCUUGGUAGGUUAUGAAAACUGACUAGGGAAAAGCUAUGGCAGAGUUGGCUAAUUCAGACCGUUAAGCAUAGUAAAGACAAUAGCAGGAGCAGCAGCAAUAACAGCCACCAUAUUCCCCUUGAUCCCUAAACCUGGUGUUUACCGACUCUGGUCCAUAUGGAAGGAUUUAGGUAACUCCUUAAUGAAUGAUUUGCCCCUGUUCCCUUAGCACAACUGUUUGCCAGGGGAAGUGUAAUCCUUCUACAUCAUUUUAUCCCCAGAAGAACAGUGUGGGACUUGACUAAAUCAAGUCUCUCCUAGCUGUGAGAGGCUGAGCAAAAGAAAAUGAAAAGAACAGGCACUGAGUAAAUGUGAAAGCCUACCAGGGUUUUAAAACUGGGUUUUUAACUUUUUAUUUUUCUCCCCCUACCUUUUGCAGAGAUGUGCUAUUUUUAUAGCAGGGAAUCGCAUAUUACAUUUGAACUGUCUGAGUGCAGAGAAGACUUUUAACUUGACUUGGUCAGUGUCUCUUGCUAAUGAUCACUGAAGCUCUUCAUCCACUGUGUGAAGCCCUUGUUGUCCAUAGUUGAAAACUGGGUGUAAAUCUCUCUUUACGUUCCCUCUGUGUUCUGAGGAAGACCCUUUUUCCCCAUUUCAAAAACCCACUCAAUAAACAGAUGGGGGGGUUUUGCUGUCAGGAUAUGCUGCUUGCCAAAUAAUGGAAGUUCUGGGAGACCACUGGCCAUUGUUAUCUGUUAUUUAAAAGGUCCCCUCUGGGCAGGUUUGCAGAUUGCCAAAAAAAAAAAGAAAAAAAGAAAAAAAAAAAAAAAAAGGUAAGGAAGUGUUUUCUGCCUAUAGGAACUUAUCGCCCAUCUGGAGCUGAAAUUAGAGAUGAGAGAUCUUUGAAUAUGGCCUGGCCCUUCUUUACUGAGAGACCCAUAUCCACAGCUCUGACCAGUGAUGUGGAACUGAAAGUUGGAAUGGGGGGAGACAACCUGGCUUGGGGAAGAGAAUGGAAGGAGCCUUUUCCUCCAUGACCUCAGCCUGUUUCAGGUCUGGGAGCUAAUCUAUUACAGAUAGAGUCCUUGACAAGAGCCUAAAUCUGGGCAACAUAAAAAUUCAUUGUUCUGUACUUUUUCUAAGUGACUUUUAAAAUACUAAGUGAUACGAGAUCCUUGGUUGAAAGGUAUUAUAGACAAACAUUGACUAUCCAGCUGUGAGUUAUCCAUAGAAAACUCUUAAUCCCAGAUGAGUUUUCUCUUUUCUCUUUUCUACUCAAUAUACACCUGGACCACCUCUCCUCCCCAUCAAUCACUGUGGGCUCAGAAGAUACAAACCGAUUUAUUAAAUUGAGACAAACAUGAUUGAGACAAAUCUGUGACUGAAAAAAUCAUAAUACAUUCCAAAACCAGAUUUUUUAAAAUCACUUUUGAAUUACAUUAUGCUUCUGAAUUAUCAGCAUCAUUAUUCCCCUAUAAUAAUAAAGAUAAGCAAGAGUGAUAGAUAUAUAUGAAAUAAUAAUCGUAAUUAUUAUUCAAGCUGACCUUACAAGACUUCCUUUAUAUGAGUCUCAGUUUCCUCAUCUGUAUAAUGAGGUGGUUCAACUAGAUGAUCUUUAAAGUUUCUUCUCUAAAGCUAUGGUCCUCUGAGUCUACCUUUGUGAUCUUGGGCAAGUCAAUCACAAGGCCUCUACUUCUUCCUUUGGGAAAUAGGUGACUUGGACUAGGUGAUCAAUCUCCUAUAUGAUUUCCAGUGAUUUGAAAUCCUAUGAUUUGAGGUACAAAGACAAAAACCCACAAAAUAGUGGGUAGCCUCCUGCAGUUUCUAUUGUGAUCAUAGAGCUCUGUGCUUCAUAAAACAUCACAUUUACAGUCAAUACCCAUUUAUUAAGCACCAGUUAUUCCAAAUGAAGGAUUGUGUUGGGGGAAAUCCAAAAAUAAUUCAGACAUGACCUUAACACAUCAUAUCAAAUAAAGGCCUCCAAAUUUUUGCAGAAGUUAUCUAUUUACCUGAGCUGCAACUAGAAAUUCUUUCACUUAGGCCAAAAAUAACUAAGCCUGAAGAGGGGAAAGUGCAAAAGAAAGUUUGGAUAUUUGUGCCCAUUUAUUAUAUCUUCAUUUGGGUUCUGCUCAUUAUUGAGAUCAAUUUGAGGAUUAGUCACUAAAGUGACUCAAGUGGAUAAUGAGAGACCAGUCUGAAUUAAGCAAAGGAGACAGCUUGAUAGUCAUCUCCCCCCACCCCUUUCUAUGGGCAUAAAUGCCACCCAAAUAGACUUAUGUAUCCAAAGAUAACUUUUUUCCUUUUUUAAAAAAAAAAUUAAUACAGGGUAAAAGAGCCCUUUGGGAAAUUUUUGUGAGGGGGAAGGAGUCCCAAAUGGCUCAGCUAUGCCAUGGAUAUCAAUUAUUUCUUGUACUUUCUUUACCAAUUAUUAUUUUGAAAAAGACCACACAAUCUACUUUGAUUUGGUGAUGAAAUAAAAUUUAGUGUUUCAUGGAAUCAGAAGCCCAUAGGGAUUCCAGAUCUCUGCUUGUCCCUCCCCAACCUAGCUUAGCCAGAUCUUCUUCUUCCCCAAAUACAAUAAUCAUAAUGACUUUACAAGACUUCCUUUAUAUGAGUCUCAGUUUCCUCAUCUAUAAAAUGAGAUGAUUCAAAUAGAUGAUCUUUAAAGUUUCUUCUCUAAAACUAUGGUCCUCUGAUUCUACCCUUGAGGUCUUGGCGAGUCAAUCAUGGGGCCACCACUUCUUCCUCUGGGAAAUGGGUGACUUGAACUAGGUGAUUUCCAAUUAAAUCCUAUGAUUUGGGGUACAAAUUCAAUCCUACAGAUAAUUCUUAAACUCAUGGAUUUCAGUUUCAGGGGGAGAAGGAUACUAACUAUUGCCAUUAAGUAUAGGAAGUCUCCAUCAGUACAGAGUUUUUGUAUACCUGAGGAAAACAACAGAAUUCCAGGUCUGUGAUCUACCCAGUUAUAACCCAAUGAUCAAGAAAGGUGUUCUUUUUCUCAAACCUAAAUUUUCCUCCUUGAAGCUUUCCUGUAUUUUUAGGCAAUUAGGGUUAUGGGACUUCAUUUGCUAGUAACGAUCUAAGACAGGAUUUGAACUCAGGACUUCCUGACUCCAGCGCCAGUGCUCUAGCCACUUUACUACCUGGCUGCCUCUCCCUGGUUGUCUAAGAACUAACCUCUGGAGUCAAGCAGAACAAUCCUCAUCCCUUUUCCACAUGAUAAUCCAUCAGCUACUUGAAGGCAACUCUCUUGUCUUCUUUAAGUCUUCUUUUCUCCAGGCACAAUUUCCCAUUAUCUUCAACCAGGAGCCAUAUGGCAUGGAAUUGAUGUUCAUCUCCAUUUUCAUUUCUUUCUAUUGGACAUUCUCUCAUUUGUCUGUUUCUAUCCUAAAAUGUGGCUUUUCCUUUUGGGAAAAAUCUGGAGGCUCCUAUUAUUAUUACAUACACAUUCUUCUUGGAUGUGACCUAAAGUUUGAUUCUCAGUACAAGUUAACUUCCUAUGUAGGUGAGAGUUUUGAGGAAGAUGAGUGAGUCAAAAGUGGAAGACAUUUGUGUUCAUGUAUCUAAGCCUAACAAGAGAUGCUCCAUUAGCAUUUGUGGGUAAGAGACUUGAAUUUGAUGGAAUUCAUGAUUUCAGAUCAGAGUCAAAUAGCCAUUUUAGGUAUGACUCUCAAAAAUCAUUCUCAUCUUCUUCGCAAAUAGGAUACAGGAAGUCAUGGACUCCUGAGACAUCUUCCCAUAGCAUCCUUCUUCUCCCCUCUUGGAACUUGAGAAUCAUAGAGGUGGAAGCUUAAACAAUAAAUCAGCUAGUCCAGUCACUUCAACCUCACUCUUAUUUUUUCAUCCUGUUUCCUCUUUUUCUAUUUUUUCUUCCCUCCUUUCCUUAAUUCCUUUCUUUCCCAGACCUCUUCCAUAGGUUAACCAGUGAAACUCUCAAACACCACUCAAGACUAAAGAAGUCUAUGGACCUUAAUCUGUCAUAUUUUGGUUUUGGUUUUGUUGUUCUUCACAUACUGUUGUAUCUAGAUUUGAGCUUCUAAUGAGAAAAGUCAUUUGUUAUAAAGCAGAUGGGAAGUGCAUUUUCACAAAGUAGUGAGUUCCCCAUUUCUAUAGGUACUUAAACUGUCAAAGGUAUCAUUGAAGACAUUAAUACUUUGGAAAAGGAGUUGAAUUCAGUCAUACAAUUCAGAAUUGGAAGAGAGUUUGAUGUCAUUUAAUAGAUCUGAGUUCCCUUCCAACUCGAGAUUCUGUGAUGUUAAUCCAAUUUUCUUAUUUUCACUCUCUCUUCAUUUCACCAGUCUUGUCCCAAACCACUGAUAGCCCUUGUUCCUCUCAAGUUUUCUUGUCAUUAACUGACCCCUUGAUAAUAAUACAUCUAUACUGCAAUCUGAUUCACUAUCUCCAUACUGUCACCACUAUUUUAACUCCUCCCCUAACUUUUCCCUUCAACAAUUUCCCAAAGAGCUCUGGGGAUAGAAUAAUCCAUUCCCACCAUUCACUCAUAGGAUCAUUCAAGCAUAAAUAAAGAACUAGUAGGGACCUCAGAGGCCAUCUCACCCAAAUUACAAUUUAAUUUACAAUUAAGGAAACUAAAGCCCAGCUCAUCGAAAUGAUUUGUACAAAGUUAAAUGGGUUAUAAAUGUCAGACACAGUAUCUGAGCCCAGCUCCUUUGAGUCCAAAACUAGUAUUUUCAUCAAGCCAUCCCUCACCUUAGUUCUUAUCAUAAUUUCACUACAAAUGCAUUGUAGGGUGAUUAGGGAUGCUUCAAAAAUAUGAUUGACUUCAAAUGGAGAAAGAGGAAGAUAGUAAGGACAAUCUCCACUUGGUCAGGUUGGUGACAUCCAGGGAAUAGUGUAGCCACUUAGCAAAUGUUGGCUAACCAAAACUAAUGAGUGCCUUGAAUAAUAGUAUUUAAAGGAGAGUGACAAAAUUAAAAAAAAAAAAAAAAAUCUCCUUUGCU